ACAUCGCGACGGUACCGAGCCUGCAACAAGGAGACGCUGGGGAAACCGUAUCUGAUGGGGGAAACGCGAAUCGACGUAACAGCUGUUACUGCAGGCAAUAUAACUAAACCGUCAGCCAUACUGUCACCCUUAGCUCGGAGCUCGGAGACGAAGAGAGCAGCGAGCUGAUCUUUAAAUCAUUUUUUAAAACUUGUCAUAAUUUGCUGCGUCAUUACAAUGGAUACUGAAAACGCCAUUUCUAAAUUAUUCAUUUACGCAAAGGAUCAUGGCCUUAUUCCAACGUUUGAGGAACUUGGAAAUGAGGGCGCUGCUCAUAUGAAAUUAUUCACUCUGAGAGUUGUCCUUGGUGACAAGACCUACCCCAGCGGUGUGGGUUGCACCAAGAAGAAAGCCAAAGAAGUUGCAGCCCAAAACGCUCUGGUAUGUCUCAACCAGGAUAAGAAUACAGAAGUAUUAAAUAAAAAUGAAGCUGAUAUCUUUGCAAAGUUAGAAGACUAUUGUACACCUAUCCACAUAUACUGUCAAAGGAAAGGCCUCUCGCAAAACUAUAUAAAAGUAGAAAGAAGGGGACCUCCUCAUAAUCCACAAUUUUUUUACAAAUUAACAAUUGACAAGAAGGAAUACCCUGUUGCUGAGGGUAAGAGCGCCAAGGAAGCUAAACAGAAUGCAGCUAAGCUGGCGUGGUCUGCACUUCUUGAACAGUCGGAUUACGACAGCAAGAAUGAUGUGGAAAACCCCAAAAUUACAAAUGCAAAUACCCUAUCAGUCCAGCCAAGAUUCAAAUCAGAUUUUAUAAUCCUUGACGAUCUUGGUUGCGGAGGUUUUGGUCUUGUUUACAUGGUGAAGGAAAAACUGUUAGAUAAAGAUUAUGCCGUGAAGAUCGUUCCUGGGACAGAAAAAGCUUUGCGAGAAGUGAUGGUGUUAUCAGAUCUCCAACACGAAAACAUCGUUAGAUACUACAACUGUUGGAUCGAGGAUUCAAAAGAUAGACACAAGCUUUUCAUUAAGCUGGAAUUAUGUGACUCUGCAACACUCCGACAAUGGAUUGAUGAGCUGAAUGAGAAGGAACUACAACACUCCCAGAGAGGAGCAGAAAGUCUUCCUAUUGUACAGCAAAUAGUCAAUGGAGUUGAAUACAUUCAUUCCAACAACCUCAUUCACAGAGACCUUAAGCCUGCCAACAUAAUGUUUGGAAAAGAUGGGAAGGUGAAGAUUGGGGACUUUGGUCUCGUCACUAUUGACAAAAGUGAAAACCUGAUGGACAGAACAGAAGGACCAGGAACCAAAACCUACAUGGCUCCUGAACAAACAAGUAACAGAUAUGAUCGUAGAGUGGACAUGUUUGCUUUGGGGCUGAUCUUCUUUGAACUCCUUUGGAAAAUCUCAACUGGCCACGAAAGAUCAAUGAUUUGGACAGACACAAGAAACAAGAAGUUUCCCAAAGAGUUUUCCAAGGCGUUUCCCCUCGAGUGCCUAAUAAUCAAAUCUUGCCUGUGCAAUAACCCAGAAGAUCGACCUGAAGCAAGCGAACUGAAGGCAGUGCUGGAAAGAAACCAACAACAACAUAUGCACCUGGAAAAGCACAGUGUCUGACUGACAAAAAAUGAGUUUGUUUGGGCUGUAGGAGGAGAUGCUGUAUUUUCACAUAAUCUGUAAGAAAUGUUGACAACAUGCUGCAUCUUGAAGAAGUUUUUACCUUAAGCAAAUAAUGAAAAAUCCCAUCAGCUCAGACAAUUGAGAAAAAAAAAAACAACAACUAUAUAUUAUGAUUUUAAAAUUUGUUACAAUAAUGACAAUUUCAAAUAAUAAUGUUUUGGGUGAGUUUAACUGCUGGUGUUUGUUAUUGUUUUCUGAAAAUCUUCCAGCAUUUUAAAAUCUAUUAACCAUAUAAGUUGUUUGUCUUGAUUGAACCGUGGUCAUGCUGGAGGAAAGAAAACAAAGACAGGCUUGUUGGGUAAGGAGCCAGAAAGCAGGCUGCAUUUUUAUUAAACUGUUAAACUGUUUAUUGAACUUGCAUUAUGCCUUAAUUUCAGCAACAUGAUGCUCUUUAUUGUAUAUAAAGUGAAACGACCAUUCAGAGAUUGCUCUUGUUUUAAAACAACAGUACAAAAUUACAGUCAGUCAGUCAUUUUCUACCGCUUAUUCCAUAGUGGGUUGCGGGGAAGCUGGUGCCUAUCUCCAGCAGUCUAUGGGCGAGAGGCGGGGUACACCCUGGACAAGUUGCCAGUCCAUCAAAGGGUAACACACAAACAACCAUGUACUCAUUCAUACACCUAAGGUCAAUUUAGAGUGAUCAAUUAACCUAACAGGCAGGUCUUUGGAAAAAUUUGUAAUAUCUAUAUUUUUUGUUUCAGCUUUCAUUUUUUUUUAGUACAAUUUCUUCCGUUUUAACGGCAGACCUGACUUCAGUUAGAAUCACUCUUUAGUAUGCUGCCAUUUUGUACUUUUGCUGUUUUGGGUGAAAUUGAACCGUUUGGGAGACGCUUCAUAACUGCUUAUUAAAAAAGUCUACUAACCCAAACAGGGAUCAGAAUCACAAUCAAUAUAAACAAGGUGUAAUAUAAAUAAAGUUCAGAAAAUUUUCACAGAUGAAUUGAGUUAUGCAUAGUAUUUGCCCAUUUUUAACAUAUUUAUCUUCAUAUUUCCUGAAAAUCUUUGGAAAGAAUUUUGUUAUACAUGAUAGUAAAGUAGAUGGGUACAAAAUGUUUUGUAUACAGCUACAAAUUGGCAAACGGAUGCCUUCAAUGAACUUAUUCUAAAUAAUAAUCCUACAGCAAAAUAAAUAAUUUUUUAAAAGUCAAUAAAAAAUUUUUUUUACUGCUGUCCUAUGUGCCUUGACGUAAAAAACGAGCUUGUAGUAAUUUGUUGGGACUAUGAAUGUACUGCAAACGACAUUACAGCUGUGAGAAACCAUUUUAAUUCCUGUUAAAUUUGAUACAACCUUAUGUAACCCUGAAAUUAGGACCAACAACACUGUUUCCUAUUUAUGGUGCCAAUAUUUGUAUUACACGUAAUACUGAUGGGGAAAGUUUGUUUCUGUCUUAUGCUUUUGACAUAAAAUGUAAUAAAAGAAACAUGCAACCUU